AUGGAUAUCUGUGGAUAUUUACUGAGUGGAUAUCUUUUCACACAAUCAUUUGGUAGCUUACGUUAUCUAUCUAUCUAUCUAUCUAUCUAUCUAUCUAUUUAUAAUUCUUUUCCCUUCUCUCUCUUUCUUACGGAGGCAUAUACCAUUUCUCUCUUUUGUUUUUUCUUAGGCACACGUAAAGAAUCUCCUUUCUUUCUCUUUCAUACAUAUAUAAACUUUCAUUUUUCUAUUUCCAUCUCAUCGGUGACACCAGUAGAUACCCCACUUUCCCUAAGCCCUUUUCCAACCAACAGUUUCCUUCUCUGCCAUGAUGCCUGCUCACUUCCAGGCGCACAUAUGCUGAUUGUGAUAUUCGUCACACCGCUAGCAUCACCAGGAGACUUGAUAACAGCUCGCAAUCUGACAUUCCCAUCUCCCCCCCAUUUUCUUUUACCUUUGUUUCUUUUUCCUUCAAUUAUUUUCCUUCUUACCUUUUCACCUGUCCACUCUACCUAUCUGCUUCCUUUUUCUUUCAUUCAUUACUAA